GGCCGGGCCAUUGUGAACGAGGGAAGAAGAACACAUCUGACAUUCAGACGCCUGCUAAUAUAGACAGUUACACCUAACCCUUGGUGAUUUUGCGCUUUCGGCGCUGCGUAUCGGGAGGACGGGCGAUCAUUUGGUCAUUACGUUUUGUCACGGGAAGAGAAGAAGAUGGCGACUGUGCUUAUCUUAAGCAUAAUAUCCUUGUGUCUAGUGGAGUAUUCAGGGGCACAGUCGCUGGUGUUGGUACCAGGAGACCAAACACAACCCAAGAAGAAAGGCUUUGGGUUGAUCAUAAAGUGUGAUGCCACAGGACUAGGACCCGGGGAAGACCCACAGCUCACCUGGACAAAUGCUCAGGGCAAUGUUAUCACCUCCACCAACUCUAACGACCCGGUAUAUGUCCAGGGGAAGGGAACCCAGAGCCUGAAGCUGAGGAUCCUCUCUGUACAGGGGGAACAUGCCGGCAAGUGGAUCUGCUCAGGUGUGCUGGGAGGCCAGACCCAGACCAAGGAUGUCAUCUUUGAUGUGUGGGAGGAUAUUACAUUUACGGGUAAGCAGUAUCAGCGUCCCACCAUCUACACAGAUGCCCUUAUUGAAUGCCGCGUGGGUGGCAGCCCCCAGCCUGAGGUCUCCUGGUCCCACAAAGGCAAAACUUUAGAGAGAGGCCGAUACAUUCCAAAACCAAACGGCCUGGAAAUUCUUAACAUCACCAAAAAUGACAAUGGAGAAUAUCUAUGUAAAGCUGAAAUCACCAGCAGGGGGCGCUAUGAAGAGCAUCCAAUUACAGUGGAAGUCAAAGUUCCACCCACCUUGACAAGUCCCCCAAAGAUGACUAAGGGUAUCGAGGGCAAGGAUCUAACAAUGUACUGCAAGGCCAGCGGAGACCCUCCGCCUACCUACAAAUGGUACAAGGACCAGUCCGGUGACUAUGUAAUCCUGAACAAUGGGGGCAGGUAUGAGAUCAGUGAGGUGGAAGGUACACUGAAGAUCCUGCGACUGGAAGUAAGCGAUGAUGGUACCUACAAGUGUGUGGCUUCUAACCUGGCUGGACCAGUGGAGGCCACUGCUGAGGUGGAUGUUAUGGUUCCUCCCAAGAUCAUUCAGCAGGACCAUGGAGAGGGUAUUUCAGGAGGCACCACCAAGAUGUUGUGUGUGGCCACAGGAGAUCCCGCCCCUGAUAUGAAGUGGCACAAGAUAGGCGAGGCUUCCCCCUUCCAGAACAAAGGAACAGGGGUACCAGACAUGAUCAAUUCGCGUGUGACAGUCACACAGAAUAAGGAGAGAGACAGGACCAGGCUAGAGAUGCAGAUUGUGAGUCUGGAGCCGAGUGACAUCAGUAACUACACCUGUAGUGCAUACAAUGAGGCUGGCAACGAUACCAAGAACACCUCUCUUAAUGUUCUUUUCAAACCCCAGUUCAACAACAACCCGUCCGAUGUGGCCUACACGUGGUCUGGAGCUUUCAAGAGGAACAUCACAUGUAUUGUGGACAGUAACCCGCCAGCCAGGAUUGUGUGGAAGCGUGGAAACAAGUUGCUGGAAAACAAUGGGACGUUCACUAUCAAUACUGAGAAUCGUGUCAGGCAGGUUGUCAGCAAUUUGACAGUUCUUGUGGACUUUACUAAUGAAGGUUUCAUGUUUGGGGACUACGUGUGCGAAGGCAGUAACAACCAGGGGACUGGAUCUACUGUCAUCAACCUCCGUCAGGCCACUCUUCCCCACCCACCGAGCACAGUAGACGUUGUACGUGCUGCCCAGAGGUGGAUAAGGCUGAGAAUAGGUGCCCCCAGCAAUAGUGGAGGACUACCUGUGACAGGUUAUCGUGUGCAGUACUCCACCACACAGGGCAACAACCAGCUGGAAACCAUUGAGGCGGAAAUUGAUCCUGAGAGGACAAAUGAUGAUGACAGCCGGCCAAAGACAACUGUGGAUAUUGAGAAUCUCAACCCAUCCACUCUGUACACAAUCAGCGUUUACGCUCGCACAGACGUCGGACUAAGUGACCCCAGGGAAACCCAGUUCACAACCAAGAAAAUCUCUGUUCCGGAGCCAGUGAACAUCCUAUCUAAAACUGUGAGUGACACAUCUUCAGAAUACAACCUCGUCUGGGAAAAACCAAGGGAUGGCGGAUCACCUAUAAAACACUACAUCAUACGUUACCGUCGUGUGACAUAUAACCAAUCUAACAACCAGAUCACAGACAUCAAAUCUGACUUCAAGGUCGUGAAACAGGAGAAUCCAGAAGCCACGUCCUUCAAACUGACCAACCUCAUUCCUGAGCGUACCUAUCAAAUUGAGAUCGAUGCAGUCAAUGGGGUUGGCAAGUCAGAGACCCGACAUAUCGUCAUGACAACAAAAUAUGGAUCAAAUGCUGCUGGAGCCAAGGAAUUAGAGAGGCCCAGCUCCGAGACUUCCGAUCAGCCCGCACCAAACCGGAACUCCAAGGAGGCUCAAGAUGGCGACACAUCCCCGAUCACACAGCGCGAAGGACUGUCCACCGGUGCCAUCGUCGGACUCGUCAUCAUCAUCUUCUUCAUCCUCUUGCUCUUCGUUGACGUCACUUGCUACUUCAAGAAUCGCUGUGGCAUCAUCAUGUGCGUGCGAGAGAACGUGUGCGGGAAGCCAUCGGACGAUGGAGACCGUCAUGUUACCAUGGAAGAGGGAGACGCUAAGGAGACACAACCCCUAGCGGAGAAGGAGAAACCUGGGGACGACACGAAGGGAACUGGGGCGGAGAACCAGGCAGACACAGUGGAGGACGAGAAGAAGCAGCCUCUUCUUGACAACGAGGACAAGACCGGAGAUGACGUCACAGGGACGGACCAAUCAGAGCCUGAGAAGAUGGAAGAAAAGGAGCCGGAGGACAAGGAAGAAAAGAUUGAAGAACAUCAGGUGGAGGAAUGUAAGGAGGCCAAGGAGGAGCCGCCUGUCAAUGCACCGGAAGCGGAAGUUCAGCCAUCUUCUGACAACACCGGCCCGCCCGCUGAGAAAGCAUAACGGGUUACUUAACUUUAGAGGGAAAUUCCUUAUCUCUACAACUGUGACAAACUCGCUGCUCGUGGGUUCCUUUUAUCCGGGCAGGGCAGUCUCAUUUUUACUGUCGAAAAGAGGAUAUUUAUGUUUUAGCCCAUGUUUGUUACCUAUUUUUGGUCAGCUCAAACGAAUGAUUUUCUGCAGCAUUUUAAACUCAUCCGAUUUUUCUUCAAGAAGCAUUUACAAUGAAAUGUAUGCUCAGAGUCAUUUACGUUAAGUCUUAUUUAUCAUUAACACAGGGCAAAAUCUAAAUAAGGGUUUAUUGAUAUUGAGCUUAGCUGUGUGAAAAUUUCGUGAGUUUAGCUCUGCCGUAUGUAUCUAAUCCGAAUAUUAGAUACACCAUUGUGCUACUGUAUGGCUAUCGCUGGAGUAAGCACGCCAUGCAUGCAUCUGUGUCAUCUAUACUGACUUUGUUGUCAUUUUUAACGUGUGCCUUUGGAGGCCGUCUAUGGUACUACACAAGACUGUGUUUCUGUAUAUGAGGAUAUAUGUGAUCAUGGUUGGACAUUAUUUUACCAAAGGGCCAUUUUGUUUUGAUGAUGAAAUUGAAUGUAACAUGAGUUGACUUCCCUUUCACAUUUUCCAAUCCGUGUUUUUUCCCUGUUUCCCGUUAGUUAGCUGUUUAGCAUACAUGUGCAUAGCCUUUUCCAGGAGUCUGGCGUGGUUAGAUAUGCCAUCUGGGCCUGUACAUUCUCCCUCAACCUGGUCUCUGAGAUAAUUUGGUGGUAUUACUUUGGUUUUAAUCGUCCCUCAGCAGACGCAGACUGCUAAGGACCUGGGCCAGUGUUUCGUGCGCUCUACACGUGUUUAGUCCAAGGCUUGGCGAGAAGAUGUGCACACGUUCAUGUUAUCAUAUCCUCACCGCGGACAGUCCAGGGAGAUGCCCUCGCCUCAGACUCAAACCUCAUCAAAGUAGGCUCAGGACAACCAGACAGUCAUGUCGGUUUUGCUCAGUUUUUGUUGGAUAUGUCCAAAAGCCGAACUUGUCAAUGUUCCACACAUUGAAUAAAGCUCACUUGUUCUUAACACCAUGAUCGCUACUUUCGCGUUCAGAAAUUGAAAAUUUAAAUUUUUGUGCACUCGAUAUAUUUGUAAAUAUUGCUGUAUUAUUGCAACUGAGCAUAUUUGGGUAUUCAUGGCCGCACCGUCUGAGGACUGUGUUGUGUGAGACUGUCUGGUACGUGCUCGCUGCACCGUCUGAGGACUGUGUUGUAAGAGACUGUCUGGUAUGUGCUCGCUGCACCGUCUGAGGACUGUGUUGUGUGAGACUGUCUGGUAUGUGCUCGCGGCACCGUCUGAGGACUGGGUUGUAAGAGACUGUCUGGUAUAUGCUCGCUGCACCGUCUGAGGACUGGGUGGUAAGAGACUGCUUGGUAUGAGGACUGUCUGAUGCGAGGCUGUCCGAUAUGCGUUCGCUGCACCGUCUGAGGACUGUGUUGUACGAGACUGUCUGAUAUAUGCUCGCUGUACCGUCUGAGGACUGUGUUGGACGAGGGAUUCUUGCAUCACUUCACACCUUGAGUGUUGUUCUUUGAGACUGAUGUGGUCGUCUCACAGUUUGAGGUUGUUGCGUUAUGAAGUGCUUAAGUGGCUGAGAAGGUUUUUAUUCUCUCUCUCUCUCUGGUUUUUGAAGGUGGCAUUUUGAUGGUCCCCGAGGUCAGUGCGAUUAUUAAUCACCAUGUAUAAUCUAGGAUUGUUAACGUUUGACUGCUGAUGUGAAGGGCGUAUAUGUAAACUGUGUGUUAUGUGCAGGUCAAAUGACAACUUAUAUACAUCAUGCAUAUUGUUCUCUAUUGUGUAGCUUUUUUACACUGGGUCAUUUUCAUGAAUGUGUGUUGCGUCUGUGCUUUUUUAAAAAUAAACCAGCUCAUGUGUUUCAUACAUAUAUCCAAAUGAAAACGUGUCCUGGAGCUUACUGCCUUUCUAUGACCUACUUGUUCAUUGUGUGUGUUAUUUAUACGCGUUCCUGUAGCAAAUUGACGUGAGGUUGGGCCAUUGUAGAUGUUAGAUUACUGUACAAAUGUAGAAUGUAGCGUUGUUGUUGUUGUUCAGCCCUCUAGAUUCCUACCAUCCUCUGUUAGGGGGAGAUUGUCGCUUAUCGUAGGCUGUAGCAGUAGGCAAUAUUGUUGAUAAUUGUACUAGUAUUUAUGUGGUAUGUUCAUAACCCGAUAUUCUAGGAUUGAAUAGGUGCCCUUAGUCCCAAUUGUCUCCAUUUUUGGUCGUCAAAUAGUUGUUGUAUUGAAGUUCAUAGUAUUGCAACAGUCACCAUUUUGGGUACAAGCGACAAUGUCACUUUAUAGCCAUAAUGCAUUAGCCUAACUAAACCGCUCUACUAGAGACAAUUAUGCUUAGUUCAUGAGGUCAUACUUGACGAAGGGAAACCACUGGUGACGCCAGGGAUUCAGUCACGUGAUAUUUCAAAGCCAAAGAUAACAGCAAAUGUCUAUAUCCGGACCCAGGGUGGGUGGAUGAAUGGGUGUUGGAGGUGGGUAGGGGUUUCCCUGCCUACUAUCCUCUGCUUUCCCGCACCCGUUCCAGUAUUUCGAGAAUUACCGUACUAUAGUCGAGUGAUCACGAGUGAUCUCGCGUGACUCAGCCCUGUCAUCAUUGGUUCGUUCACGCUUCCAUUUUCAGACGUCUCUAAGCCGAAUUAACCAAUGAAAUAGGCAAAUAACGAUGCAUUAUCUGUGGCAACUUGUUGUCUAUUUGCUACAGGAGAGACGGUGAGCUUAUGUACAUGUAAUGUAGGUUAGUGUCGAAACCGUGUCUGGAAAAGAUCUGUGAGCGGCUAUAUCAUUAAGCCUACAUGAAGUUUUUGAGACUACGUCAUAUUAACAUAAACAGCGUAGUUACAGACCACCAACUGCCUUGGAAAACAACAUUGCAUACCCCAAAACUCCCCGAUUGGAUCACUAUAUUACCCCGUAAUUUGCUGGAAGGCUUGUAGAUUUUAGACACCCCUUCUGGGCAAGUGCUGAGAGAAUACGUGUGCCAUUUAUUUUUACUGAUGAACAAAUUACAUAUAUCCUAUUGUUAUUACGCAUUGUAUUAAAUUUCUGAUCUGUUUGGCAAGUAUUCUUGUCAUGAUGUAUGUGUGUACUGAGCCCUAGCUGUAUUUCUUGGUGAUCCGGGUCGAGGGACGUGGUGAUUUCGGUCACGGGAUCUGGGUAUCGUACUGAAUAUUAACGCGCGGUCGGAAGCUGACUCUACAAAGCCAUGUUCGACUUGUCAAAAUUUAUUAUUCCAAUACGUUUCGUAGAUUAUAACCUAAGAAGUCACGUUAUAUUUAUCUGAAACCUGAAACUUUUUAGACGUUUCCGUCUUUAAUUCCAAGGGUGCAAAGUUAAGCGUUUAGAUCGAAUUUUACAUUUUGAUUAAGUGAGAAUCGGCUUUGUGGAA